CUGUAAACUCCCUAUGCGUGGAAGAGGAAGGCCAGGCCCAGGACACUUUUGAACAGAAGCCAUGAAGAAAGAAAAUCAAUCCUCUCAUCUGGAUUUUAUUCUCCUGGGAGUUACCGGUCAGCAUGAACAGAAUAAUGUCUUCUUUGUGAUUUUUUUGUGCAUUUACCCCAUCUCACUGACUGGAAACCUGCUCAUCAUCUUGGCCAUUCAGGCUGACAUUCGCCUUCACAACCCCAUGUAUUUUUUCCUCGUCAACCUCUCCUUGGUUGACAUAUUCUCCUCAUCUGUAAGCAUCCCUAAUAUGGUCAACCAUCUCUUGGGCAGCAAAUCCAUCUCCUUUGGGGGAUGCCUGACGCAGAUGUAUUUCAUGAUAGCCUUGGCGAAUGCAGACAGCUAUACCUUGGCUGCAAUGGCAUAUGAUCGAGCUGUGGCCAUCAGCCGCCCACUUCACUACACCACAAUUACGAGUCCACGGUCUUGUGUCCUGCUAGUUUUUGGGUCUUGGGCAAUUGGAAACGUCAGUGCCCUCCCCCACACUCUCCUCACAGCUAGUUUGUCCUUCUGUGGCAACCAGGAAGUGGCCAACUUCUACUGUGACGUUAUGCCUUUGCUGAAGUUGUCCUGUUCUGACAUCGGCUUUAAUGUGAAGAUGAUGUACGUAGGGGUCGGCGUUUUCUCUGUGCCAUUGCUAUGCAUCAUUGUCUCCUAUGUUCAGGUCUUUUCCACAGUCUUCCAAGUUCCCUCCACCAAGAGUCUAUUUAAAGCCUUCUCCACCUGUGGCUCCCACCUCACGGUUGUUUUUUUAUAUUAUGGUACAACGAUGGGCAUGUAUUUGCGCCCUCUGACCAGUUACAGCCCAAAAGAUGCAGUGAUCACUGUGAUGUAUGUGGCAGUGACCCCAGCAUUAAAUCCGUUCAUCUAUAGUCUGAGAAAUCGGGACAUGAAGGCGGCCCUGCGGAAACUCUUCAGCAAGAGAAUCUCCUCAUAGCCACUGUGAGAUUAUACAGUGGAUACUGGAAUG